UGUGCCAAACACUACGAGCGAACGAAACGCGAUUGAAAGUUUCGCCGUUUUUCGUUCAUAUCUAAUCUAUUCUAUUUACGAUUUUUAUGUGGUGGUAAUGCGUGUUGUGAUAAGAAAUUAACAAAUUGCAUUUAAAACACGCGGAAAACGACAAUGCCUCUUGCCGCUAAAUUCAUAGUGCCUGUUGCUCUUGGCUUGUCUCUAGUCACCGUCACAGCUUUCGUAGUGUACUAUGUCUUGAAGAAGGAUGAGGAGUCCGGAGACUCCAAGCCCAUCGCCACUUCUCGGGUGAACACCAUUGAAGUCAAUGUUCCUAAAAGUCUGGUCCCUGCUUUAAUUGGUCGCAGCGGUGCCAACAUAAAGGACAUAGAACACAAAUCCGGUGCCAAGAUUAACUUCAAAAAGUUUCCGGACAAAGAUUAUGACACAUGCGUGAUAAGAGGCGAAAGCCACACUUCGCAGACGGCUGAGAACCUUAUAAGGGAGUUUAUGAAACAGCAGCCCAUCAUUGUUGAAGAUACUUUGGUUGUGCCCAACUGGGCUUGUGGCAGGAUCAUAGGCUCAGGCGGUGAGACAAUCAACGACAUCAGCCACCGUAGCGGAGCUCGAGUAAAAGUAGAGGGGCCCCCAACGGCCGACAACGCAUCGCAGAGGCAUGUCACCUUCCGAGGCACCAAGGAGCAAAUCGAGGUUGCCAAGGGACUGGUGUCCAGCUGUGUGGCUCAAGAGAAAUGCCGUCGCGAAAUCGAUCAGUCAAAGCGUAGUCCACGCCACGUCCAAGUCCAGCCAGCCACGAGCGCAGCGGGGGCGUCAGCGCAAGCGGGAGCGGGAGCGGGGACGGAAGAGAGAGCGGGGACGGAAGCGAAAGCGCGCGGCGACCACGUGGAGGAAUCGCCAGGUGACCCCAAACGCGUCAAGUAUAAGCGGAAUGAAGCCGCAUCGUCCAGUAUCGAAGUAUACGUAUCAGCAGUGUCGUCCCCCGCUCGCUUCUGGGUGCAGUUCGUCGGGCCACAAGUCUCUCAACUAGACGAACUGGUCGAGCACAUGACAGAGUACUACGGCGACAAGGCGAAUCGCGAGGCGCAUGCGUUAACAUCGGUAUCAGUAGGGCAAGUGGUAGCGGCAGUGUUCCGACACGACGGGCGCUGGUACAGGGCGCGCGUGCACGACAUACGACCCAACGAGUUCGACGCCACCAAACAGGUGGCGGAUGUGUUCUACUUGGACUACGGGGACAGCGAGUACGUGGCCACGAACGAGCUUUGCGAACUGCGCGCCGACCUUCUACGGCUGCGGUUUCAGGCCAUGGAGUGUUUCCUAGCGGGCGUAAAGCCUGCGGGGCGCGAAGAGGACGUCAUCAGAGUGACAGCGACGGGACAACGCUGGGAGCACUGGCCCGCACCCGCCGUCGAGCGCUUCGAGCAGCUAGCACAGGUUGCGCGGUGGAAGCCAUUGGUGUCAAAAACUUGUACGUAUAAGAAGACGGCAACGGAAGACCAGAAAGAAAAGGAGAUACCUGGCAUUAAACUGUAUGAUAUCACUGAAGAAGGCGAGAUUGACAUCGGUGCAGUACUGAUAGCGGAGGGGCACGCAGCGCUCGCCCCCGCCUCCUCCCCCUCCCCCUCCGCCGCCGCCGCGCCCCGCGCCUCCCCGCCGCGGCCCCCGCCCUCGCCCUUCGGCGACCUCGGCGCCUCCAGGGUGCUCGGGAUGGUAGAGAACCGCAGCUCGUCCUUGCCUCGUGACCACAAGGAAGACCACACUGCAGAUAACAACAACACACAGGCAUCUAUCCUCGCCACCUCAAAAUCCCUAGGCUCCGGCAUAGAAGCCUCGCACACACCGGUCUCCAUGACCAACGCGGACCUCUCGAGGCCCAAACAAAACGGCUCCCACGACCUCAUCGAGGCCGAGCGACGCUACGAGGCCGACAUAGAUGUUCCUCACACGCCCGACUUACACAAGACCCCUUUAGAUGAACUAAAAGCUAAUAUUAAUAGGAUCGAUUCGCAUCAUGGUAAUUUAGAAUCGUUGGGCAGAUUGCAUGAAUUAUAAGCUAGCUAUAUGAAAUAUAAAUAUGUGUGUACAUUUUAGUUUUGCUCGGCGAUAAAGUUAAGUGUACAGAUAUUUAUAUUUUUUUCAAUUAGCCGUGUUACUUUUUCAGACACAUGGUAUUAUUGUAUUUUGUCGAAAGCAAACGCUAGGUAUAAUCAAACCAAAAAUAAAAUACUUUUUGCCUGAAAACGUUACAAUACAUAUACAGGUUGGCUAAAAAAUAAGUGCAUCCCCGUUGCCAGGAAGCUUUUGGGAUUAUAAUGAGCAACUUUUAAUAUGGGACCAACCCCGAAAUUGCUAAAAAAAAUUGGUUGUUUCAUACAUUUUGGCUAGUCCAUUUUCUAUGGGAGGGUAAUUUUUUUUUCGCGAUUUUGUGGUUGGUCCCAUAGUAAAAAUUGCUCAGUAUAAUCCCCAAACCUCCCUGGCAAUGGGAAUGCACUUAUUUUUUAGCCACCGUGUAUAUAGAAAAAUAAAUAUGCACUCGAAUCUAACACCCUUGAGUAUUAGAGCUUGUUUAGAUCUUUUUGAGCUCUUAAUGUCGGUAUUCAGCUUUUAAUUGCACUUUAGUAUAAAGUUCACUUUUAAAUGUCAAUAAGGGUGCGUUUCGAAGAGAUCAACGAAGGAUGUGUUUGUUUGACCAAUAGAAUCACUUGAUUUGUUUUCCUCACUCAGCGUGCAGUGAUUCUAUAUCUAUCUAUUGGUUCUUAAAAUCAUCCCUCGCAACGCGUCCUCGCACAUCUUUUGGUCGAAACCAUCCUUACUCUGAUGUCAUAUUUUUUCUUCUUCGACCGUUGUUCAAAGGCCCCUUGCCUUCAAAUGUCUUUUGUGAAAAACUAAAUUGGUUUGAAAAUAAUUAUUAGAAGUCUAGGUUUUCAAGUUUUUACUUCAGAUUCAAAGAGACAAUAAUCAGUGUAAGUGUAAGGGCAUUGAAUUAGGGUUUUAAAGCUAACCCUAAUUCAAAUGCAUGCAAUCUUACUGAGUUAUAGCUCGCCACAGGCGCGAGGGUAAAUGAUAUGUGUAUGUUAAGAGAGAGUAUUAUGAAGAAUUGACGAAAAUAAUUCAUGAAACCUUAACAUUUUUAUCUGAAUUUCGUCACGAAAAUAUACCUAAUGUGCUUCAGGGCCAAAAAAUGUGACAGAAAGAGAAAUCUAAACUACAGAGUUCCAACUCGUUUUAGUAACGAGAUUAGCGACGUCUUUUGACAAUAAUACCUUGUACCUACUGGCUAAAUAAGACAGUUCUUGAGUAUAAUCCCUCGAGGCCCGUUGACCGUUGAAAAAUUAUCUCUGUCUCACGGAUGCGAUAUAUCACAAGCAAUUUCAUACAAAAUGUAUGAAAAGUCACAGACCCCCUGGGACUUGGAAGUUUUUAACGUUUUUGUAUAUGGUAGGAUUUCGUUUUUUUUUUUGGUCGUACAGCGUCUUCGCUUUAUCUUCGUGCAUUGUGGCGGGCCUAUGACAGCAGCGUUUCUUAUUAUCUAUGGUACAGUCAUAGAGUAAAGCAAACAUGAUUGUCUUUAUAACCAAUCGUGACAAGUGAUUAUUUCUGUUUUACCUGUAGAUUUGUUACUGUGAUCCUAAAAAUAUAUAAGAAAUAUGUAUUUUAGUUGUAGUUUAAGAUUAACUUUUAUGUCCGAUGUCCGUUCGUCCCUCUUGCAGUUUCAUACUUGCUAGUGAAGGACGAAUGCUUUACUCCCCUUUUUUAGUUACAUCCAAAUGCAUAACAGUAUCAGUCGUUCAAAGUACUUAUCGUAAAAUUAGUUGAUAGUAAAUUAAGGUCUGUAAAACCUUUUGCGGUCUAUUAUCGAAGAUAUAUUUUUUCGGCCAAAUGUGGACCUUAUUUUAAUGUCGUAAGGUCUAUUGGUGUCGGUUGAGUAUGUUUUACUUUGUACAUACGUAUUUGUAUAAAAAUGCUUUAGUUAGCUGCAAAACAUCUGUUUUGUCAGUGCAAUAGUUAAGAUAUUAUUGAGUUCGUUAGGUGUAGAUAUUUUGCAGCUAACUGUAAACAUAUAAUUAUGUAGUGUAUUGUAGGUAUACGUAAUUACCUAAAGAUAUCAAUGUUAACAAUAACAGAGUAAUAUUGCAGGGCAACAAACUAUGUAAUUUUGGAAAAGUUAUAUGUUUUGGUAAUUAUUAUUAAUAAGAUACUAAAUAGUAAAUAAUGUGUAAAUCAAUCCUUCUUCCAAUCUACCUCUAAAUUAGAAAAAUGUCUAUUAUUAUAAAAGUCAAACUUAUCACAUUUAAUGUUUGAUACUGUUUUAUACUAACAUGUUGUACAGUCAGCAACAAAUAUUUAUUAACUCUUCAAAGACAAAAAUACACCGAAGUUCAGUUAACAGUGUUAGUUUCGAGGAAAAAGCACCGCUUUUUGCCUAAGUAAUCCCAGAAUCUGUCACAAAGUUUUAUUGAUUAGUUCCCGAUUCGCUAGAUUCUCGUUUAGACGGAUUGUGCCGUACUAAAGUUGAUCCGAGGAGACAGGAAUCCGGCAAAACGGGAACUAAUCGCUUCAUUUCAACUGUGUCGGUCUGUUGCAUAUGUAGAAAUUGUAGAACAAAGCAUAACCUUCUUAGGCUAUAACAUGCGCUUCAUAGGGUGGGUCCUUAGCUUACGUAAAUUGUAUUACUCAGCAUUUUAUCUCAUCAUUGUAUUAUUUCUUACACAAUUUUCUCACAGCUUUGUAAUUUUUAUACGGUUUUCAAGUAGGUUUACGACUUUUGAAAUUAGAAUUAUUUUUCUUAAAAAAACGCUUUUUAACCUCGUAAGUCCUGUAGGUAUUUGUUCGAUAGCUAUAGUACAUUCUACCGAAGGUACUACAUAAAGUACAAAAUUUGCUACACACCGAAACCCAUAUUCCUUGUACAUAUUUGUAUUUUUGCAGUAAAGAAAAUGUCUUUAAGGGAUAAAGCAAGUAUUAGUAGUAGGUCUUGUAUAUUUGGCAGUUAUUCCUGCUGUGAAGUUGUAAGGUCACUAAGGUCAAUGUGAGGGACUGUCUACAAGCUAUUUCGAUUGUACACAUUACUCCACUUACAGAAGGCUGGUAGAGCAGGAGUCAUACUCUUCCUUUCUGUGUCUGAGCGACGUACGUAUACCUCCACGUUGACCUUAAUGUCUCUACUGUCGUUAAAGUCAUAGUUAAAGUACACGGGGAUUUGCGAGGUUAUUGUAAAUUUAUGUCGUCUAGUUAUCUACAUAAGAUGCGUCACAUUCAACCAUGUCUUAAAUAGAAUUUUGAACAUAUGUUUAGGUAUGAAAAUGUCACAAAGGCUUUAAUAGUUAU